GAUAUAUUGUUCAAUGAAAUAAUCUCUUUCAUUAUCUGUUAUUAUUUUUCUUCAAUAUUUUUGUAACAAUUAUAGUAAAUUUUUAACACUAAUUUGUCCGUGAAUUGCACAUGUAUUAUGAGGAGUUCACUGAUUUGCCAAAGACAGUGACUUACUAAGUGAUAUGUUUGAAGUGAAAAAGUAAAAACGACAAGAUAUGAGUAAAGUAAAAGAAAGGGAAAGAGAUCGUGAGAGGGACUAUGAUAGAGAACGGGAAAAGGAUAAGGAAAAGAAUAGAGAAAGGAGUAAAAAUAGAGGACGAGAAAGACAUAGAGAAAAAAGUCGACAUGGAUAUCAUGAUGAACCUGCUAGUAAAAAGUCAGAAAAAGACAACAAUAACAAAAAAUCAAAACAUAGAGACCGUUUAGUGUCACCUUCAUCAAAAAAACGUAAAUCACGACGAAGGUUGUCAUCAGCUUCCUCUACAUCGUCGUCAUCGUCGUCGUCAUCGAGUUCUAGUGAUGGAUCAGUAAAAUUACAAAAGAAACUGAAGAAUCAAAGAUUGAAAAUGGUUGAAGAGAGGAGAAAACAAAAGGAGUUAUUGAAAGCGAAAGAAACCCCAGAAGAAAAGAGAUUAAGAAGAUUGCAGAAGAAAGAAGCCAAGGAACGAAAAAGAAAAGAAAGAAUGGGUUGGGACAAUGACUAUUUACAUUAUACAAAUACUGAUAAUCCAUUUGGUGAUGCAAAUUUGCUACAACCUUUUGUUUGGGGAAAAAAAUUAGAAAAGGAAGGAUUAACAGAAGUAAGUCGGGAACAACUAGAGUUGCGGAACAGAUACAAGCAAGAAGAAAAUAAAAGAGAAUUAGAAAAAGUAAAAAAACGAAGACAAGAACGAGAGUUACUGAGACAACAAAGAGAGGAAGAGGCUGCUUUACAGCAAAGGGGAAAAGAAGCUGCACAAUUAGAACUGUGGCAUCGACAAGAAGAUCAAUUUCAUUUAGAGCAAGCAAGAUUACGAUCUCGUAUAAGAAUUCAAGAUGGAAGAGCAAAGCCUAUUGAUCUACUGGCAAAAUACAUUGGAGCCGAAGAUGAAGUUGACGCAGUAGAAAUGCAUGAACCUUACACAUAUCUUCGAGGAUUACAUAUAAAAGACUUAGAAGACUUAAUAGAAGAUAUAAAAGUUUAUAAAGAACUUGAGCGAGGUAAAAACCUAGAUUAUUGGAAUGAUAUCACAAUUAUAGUUGAGGAUGAGUUGCAAAAACUGAAAAAAUUACAACAGCAAUCAGAAUAUCAAAUGGCUUUGAAUAGACGAGAAGGCAUACAUGAGUCGGUUGCGCAAGAUGUAACAGCAAUUUUCAAAGGCAAAACAGCAGCACAAUUAGAAGCCUUACAAACAAGAAUUGAAAAUAAAAUUAGUGGUAAAGCUGAAGGUGUUGAUAUUGGAUACUGGGAAAGUUUACUAUCUCAAUUGAAAGCUCACAUGGCCCGAGCACGACUAAGAGAUCGCCAUCAAGAAAAUUUAAAGCAAAAAUUAAAUAUUUUGAUGGCCGAACAGGGAGUAGCAAGAAACGAUAGCGAGCCUAUGGAAGCACAAAGAACUGAUUUAGAACCAAGUAGUAUAGAAACGGAUCAAGAACCGUCUACUAGCGAGGCACCUGCGAAUGACGAAGAAACCCAUUCAGAGUAUGAAGAAAUCGAAGAAUCUGGCUCUUAUUCACCGCCAUAUAUUCAGCAAUCAGACCUCGAACCUGGUACAAUAGUAACUUUGGAGGAAGAUGAUGCUCAACGUUUAGAAUUUGCGAGAAAUCAAGUUCUUAGAACUGGCAACAAAGUACAAAGUGUUCUGACUGCAGAAGAACAUGCUAUGCGUAGAGAAGUUAGUAAGAAUAUGGGAUCCGACGAAGCUGAGUUUAGUGUUGAGUCGUCUUUAGAGGCGCAGGUAUAUCUAUGGUCAGAUAAAUAUCGACCAAGAAAACCUCGUUAUUUCAAUAGAGUACAUACAGGUUUCGAGUGGAAUAAAUAUAAUCAAACUCACUACGACAUGGAUAAUCCGCCGCCUAAAAUUGUUCAAGGCUACAAGUUUAAUAUUUUUUAUCCAGAUCUGAUCGAUAAAAACGUCACGCCGGAGUAUUUUUUGGAGGAGGAGGAGGAGGAGGAAGCGAGGCCUGGGACGGCCAGUCUCGAGGCACCGCUCGUCCUCGACCCUCGGCUCAUCGACAAGCUCGAUAUGUCGCUCCUCAGUAAAGAGUCGCUGACCGAUUCGCUCACGCGCAUAAGCCUGAGCUUAGCCAGGAAUCCGCUGCUGGACAACUCUACGCUCAGAAGUCUCGAGAAUUGCACCAAGGGCAACAGCAACAACAACAACAACAACCGCAACAUCAACAAUAACAACAACAACGGAGUGCAGCUGGUGAGGCCGAGAGCGCAAUUGGCGGGCGCCGUCAAUCGCAAGUCCAGCUCGGACUCGUCGGCGACCAACUCCGAAUCGGACUGUAGGACGGCGAGCAGCACCGCCAGAAAGCUCGACGACGACAAUAACAACGGAAACAGGGAAAGGCAGAGGAGCAGCGGCAGCCCCCUGACGCAGUUAUCGCCAGUGCGAUGUCGAAGCUCGCGCAACACGGUCAGCUCGAGCGACGUGGCGUUGUUCACCGCCGGCCACGCGUCCACGUCGAGGGCCAGGAGGUCGGCGCUGCCGACGGAACCGUGCCGGGCGUGCGGUCGGGCCGCUCAGCCCGAGCGCUUUCACAGUCACCCGAAGAGUCCGCCCGACUCGCCGGGCGGCCGAUCCCCCGGCUCGAGCAUCAGAGCGCCCAGCCGGGUGGAAGUACUCGAGCGACAGCUGGCCGCUACCGUUCUCGAUCGGCAGCCAGCCUCGCCUUCGUCCGAUCAGCAGCCCAGCGCGACGUCGACGUCCGGAGAUGAGAAAACAUCGAGCGAGCAAGAGGCAGGUUUGGCGAGACAAGAGAGGAAAGUGAACUCGGUCGCGAAUCCGAAUAAGCCGAACGAGGACAAAUCAGCCACGUCGACGGGUAAACGACGACCUCGGACUGUCACUUGUUACAUCUGCGGACGAGAGUUCGGCACCGCCAGCUUUCCCAUUCACGAGCCCAAGUGCUUGCAGAAAUGGCAUCGGGAAAAUAAAGCGUUACCGAGCUCGCAGCGUCGCAACGUCCCGCAACGACCAAACGUUCCCAUUGAUCACGAGGAUUGGAACACUACAGCUUGGGAAUACAGCCAGGCGCUCCUGAUUCCGUGCUCAAAGUGCAAAAGAACUUUUCUGCCCGAUCGAUUAGCUAUUCACGAAAGAAAUUGCCGAGUCCCAACUAAGGGUGGCAUAAACAACAGUAACUACAACAGAGCGCAGGCUCUGAGUAGGAGCGAGCUGCAGAGAAUGGACAUAUCGAACUUGCUACGAAGAAGUAACGAGGCCGCGGACGAUCCGAGCUCAGCCGGGCAGAUGUCGGCGCGAAAAAAGCCAAGUCGCAUCGCGGUGAGAGCGGAGCCAGCACGGAAAAUCGUCUGAUGUCGCAUUAUACGCUGGAUCGCUCGCACGCUGCAUCAGGCAAAUUAUCAAUUAAGAUCGCCCUCUUUAGAUAGCCAUAGCCUUCGUCUCUAGCUUAUUUCUUCAACGGUCCUCGUCAACUCGAUUUUACCGAUACAAAUGGACGCAGCCGAACCCGAUAUCUGUAAAUAUUGUCGUUUUUAUAUGACUUUGCAAUUACAUUAAUAAAUUCGCAUCUUGU